UCUAUCCUUCUCUUCUACACCACUUUACCAUAACAUCUAUUUUUCUUACAUGGUAUCAGAGCUUCAUUGAUCUUAACGGGUCUGUGAGGAAAGAAAACCAACUUGAUAAAAUUCACAAAAACCUUUAAACACCAUAAAUGGCUUCCAACACUAGUUCUUUACCUCCACCUCCUAUGUUUGUAGGAGAAAACUAUCAUUUGUGGGCUGCAAAAAUGAAAGCUUAUUUGAGAGCUCAAAGUUUAUGGGAUAUUGUGGAAAAUGGAAGCAACCCACUACCUCUUCCAAAUAACCCAACAGUAGCUCAAAUAAAAAAUCACAAUGAGGAAGUGUCUAAAGAAGGAAGAGCACUUGCCAUAAUACAUGCAGCACUACAUGAUGAUAUAUUUAUCAAGAUCUUGAAUCUUGAGAUUGCAAAAGAAGCUUGGAACAAGUUGAAGGAGGAGUUCCAAGGAAGUGAAAGAAUAAAGAAGAUGCAAGUGCUGAACUUGAGAAGGGAGUUUGAAGCACUAAAAAUGAAAGAAACCGAAACUGUUAGAGAAUUUUCUGACAGAAUUUCAAAGGUUGUUUCACAAAUUAAAUUGCUGGGAGAGGAACUCAGUGAUCAAAGAGUUGUGGAAAAAAUUCUAGUGUGUCUUCCAGAGAGGUUUGAAGCAAAAGUAUCCUCUCUUGAAGAAACUAAGGACCUUUCUCAAAUCACACUUGCAGAGCUUGUUAAUGCUUUGCAAGCUACUGAACAAAGAAGAUCUUUAAGGAUGGAAGAAAAUGUUGAAGGUGCUUUUGUGGCCAAUACCAAAAGCAAAAAUCAAAACUACAACAGUUUUGGGAAAAAGAAAUUUCCACUUUGUCAAUAUUGCAAAAAAGAUACUCAUUUAGAAAAAUAUUGUUGGUACAAGCCAGAUGUUGAAUGUAGAGCCUGCAAUCAACUUGGAUAUGUGGAGAAGGUUUGCAAAAAUAAAGUAAACCAACAGGAACAACAAGCCAAAGUUGUUGAAUACCACCCACAAGAGGAGCAAUUAUUCAUGGCUUCUUGCUAUUCUGUCAAUAGUAGCAAAGAAACAUGGCUAAUAGAUAGUGGGUGCAUUAAUCACAUGCCUCACAAUGUUGGCAUUUUUAAGGAACUUGAUAAGUCCUUUUACACCAAAGUUACUAUCGGCAAGGGAGAACAUGUCGAUGUCAAAGGAAAAGGUGUUGUAGCUGUUGAAACUCCCUCAGGUGUCAAAUAUAUUUCAGAUGUUUUAUUUGUUCCUGAAAUAAAUCAAAGUCUUUUAAGUGUGGGGAAAAUGAUGGAAAAGAACUAUUCAUUGCAUUUCAAAGACAUGAGAUGUACUAUUCUAGAUCCUUUUGGAUCUAAGUUAAUGACGGUUGAAAUGAGAGGUAAAAGUUUUCCAGUAGAAUGGAAACAAACAACCAUGCAUGCAUUUCCAAGUACUAUUCGUAACUCCUCCUCACGGCAUAAAAAUUUUGGUCACUUUAGUAACUCAAUCUUAAAACAAAUGAGUUUUAAAUUUUUUUGUGAACAAGUUGGAGUCCGCCAUCAAUUUACUGUUCCUUACACUCCUAAACAAAAUGGAGUAAGUGAAAGAAAGAGUUUGGAGACCAAAAAAAUUUUUGUUAGAAAAGAUGUGAAGUUUGAUGAGUUCUCUAAAUGGAAUUGGAAGAAAAGUCAAGCUGGAGGUCCAAGUAAGGUAUUACCUAUGGAUGAUAGUUUGGAAGAUCAAAAUUCAGAAGAUGGAGGAGAAAAUUAUGCUAGUGAUGUUGAUUUUUCAACACGAGGUACUAGAAUCUUGGAUGAUAUUUAUGUCAGGUGCAAUAUAGCUAAUUAG